UCGGUGUGCGGGAGCGUGCGAGUGGCGGGCGCGCUGGAUUUGCCGUCCAGCCGCCAGGACGUGGAGGAGGGGCCCGUGUGAGGCCGGGGCCGGCCCUGAGGGGAAAAAGCUUAACUGUGAAGAUGAUAGAUCCACUAGCAAACAACUUGUUUGAUCUUCCUGAGUAUGAUGCUACAGAAGAUGAAACAUUUCCACCUCUUCCACCUCCUUCCUCCCCAGGGAGAGAUGAUGUUGAAGGAGCCCUCAUCAAUGAAGAGCAAGAGGGAAAUAAACCAUCCCAAACGAAGGAUUCUACUGUGUCUACACAGAAAGCAGUUAAAAGGCCGCUACCUAAAUUAGAUGCUCAAAGGUUAAUUUCAGAGAGAGGACUUCCAGCCUUGCGACAUGUAUUAGAUAAUGCAAAAUUUAAGGGUAAAGGACAUGAGACAGAGGACUUGAAGACGCUUUUAAGACACAUGGAACACUGGGCUCAUAGACUGUUUCCGAAACUGCAGUUUGAUGAUUUCAUUGAGAGAGUAGAGUAUUUGGGAAAUAAAAAGGAAGUUCAAACCUGCUUAAAGCGAAUUAGACUUGAUCUUCCAAUUUUACAUGAAGAUUUUACAAGUAAUGAAGGUAGUAGAGGGGGAAAUAAUGGGCUCAAAAUGUCUCCUGAAGAAGAAUUAGACCUCUUUUCUGAAAACGUGAAGGAAGAAAUUUUUUCUCACUCAAGUACUGCCCUAACAGAGGAGCAACAGCGAAGAAUUGAGAGGAACCGGCAACUAGCCUUGGAAAGAAGGCAGGCAAAGAUGCAAUUUAACAGUCAGUCACAAGAAAAUGAUCUGUCUGCCACCCAGCCAAAUCAAAAGUUUAAAACAAUUGAGGAUCAGGAUCCAGAUGACCUGGCAGAAGUAGAAAUUCAAGCUGCUGAAGCCAAAGUUGCUGACAUGGAAGCUGUGGACAAAGAUAUACAACGUACAUGUGCAGAAGAAAUCAAAUAACCUUUCUGUCUGGAUACAAUGUUUUAGAAGGACCCAGAUAUCUUAAUAUGCUCAAGUGUCAUUGACUUCUCUUCCCCCCUACCCUUGGACAUUCUGUGGAAAUCUUAUUCAUGACAUUCUGUGUAGCUGGAGAAAAUUAAUCAGUUUCCCUGUGUAAAAAAACAGAUAUCAGCUUUAGUAGCUGUUUUCUUCAACACCUUAAUUCAGGAAAGGAACAUAACUAUUCUACAUUUCAACUGUUUUUUAAACUAGCUUUUUUCCCCCGUGUCAAAAGGUAUCAGUGAAAGUAGACAUUAAUUUCUUGGAACUA